AUGAAACCCUUGAUUCUGGCUUUGCUGUUCGUGGUAACAGCUACAGCGAUCUAUAGUGGAGGUGGUGGUGGAGGAAGAUUUGACUCAUCAGCAACGUCAUGGUCUUCGGAGGAAGGUGGAAGACCUCGGCCACCUGGCAGACCUCGGCCACCAGGCCGGCCAAGACCUCAAGGCCGACCUCGGCCGCCAGGCCGGCCACGACCACCAGGACCUCGACCACCACGCCCAUCAUCAACAGGAUGUCCAAGAGGAUGGAUGAGAUUUGAGAGACCCCAAGGAGUUUGGUGUGUUUUUGUAGGUCACUCCACUACAUCCAACGGCUUCUUGUCCCAAUCGGAGGCAGAAGCGAUAUGUGUGCGACACGGAGCCGUCCUAACUGGGUUCCAAAACGACAUAGAGAGGCCUAUUCAGGUUGAGUCUGCAAUUCAUACCUCUCGAAUUGAGUACUCCACAAUUUCGUCCCAUCAUGGCUCCGAGUUGGUCCAUGUGACUUUCUAUACAUACGAGAAUAGAAAACUGGUCAGAAUGGUUUUGGAUGAGAGAUACGCCGCCUUCGAUGACGUACUCCAGAAGGCAAAUGAGUUGCUUCCAACUUGCAGAUGGAGAAUCUUUUCGGGAACCGACAAGCAUGUAUCGUUUGAAUUCAAAAACACUCGACAGGUCUGGGAUGCUAUCAAACAAACUUCGUAUUAUGGCAUCCGAUAUUUGGAGGUCCGUCAGAUCAAAAUUGGAGAAUCAGCGAGAUGUGAUGGAUGUUAUCGGGAAAUCUUGGGAAGCCGAUACAAGUGCACUGAAUGUUCAGAUUUCGAUCUUUGUGGAGUUUGUGAAAUGGGACCAAUUCACAGUUUCCACAAAUUGAUCAAAAUUUGA